ACUGGAGCGACCCGAACACGCGCACUUCCGCAACAGACAGGGCAGACACAGGCGACCCGGAAGGCCUUCCCGCCACACUCCAGCGCGGGCGUGAGAAGCGCCGAUGGCGGAGGGAGCGUUGGAGGCCCCAGCAGAGAAUGGUGGUGGUGGCGGCGGCGGCGACUCAGGAGCCAGUGCGUCGGAACGGGGCGUUGCGCCCAUUAAACCUCAAUACCUCACCACCAAGGAGCAGUUUCACAAAUUCCUAGAAACCAAAGGGCAGGAGAAGCCUUGCCAGGAAACUGAGACAGGAGACCCCGGUGGCAAUGACCUGGCUGAGCCUGAGGCCAAGCGGAUCCGCCUGGAGGAUGGACAGAUGCAGGAUGGACAGACAGACAGGGCAGCUGAGCACGGGGAGCCGCUGCCAGCUCAGAAGAGGGCCCGAGGCCAGAACAAGGGCCGGCCCCACGUGAAGCCCACACACUACGACCAGAACAGGCUCUGCCCCUCCCUGAUCCAGGAGUCAGCGGCUAAGUGCUUCUUUGGCGACCGCUGCCGUUUCCUGCAUGAUGUGGGCCGCUACCUGGAGACCAAGCCCGCCGACCUGGGCCCCCACUGUGUGCUAUUCGAGACCUUCGGCAGGUGCCCCUAUGGUGUGACCUGCCGCUUCGCCAGGGCACACCUGGGGCCCGAGGGCCAGAACCUGGUGCAGAAGGAGUUGGCGGCCCGUUGGGCCCAACACCUGCCCAUCCGCAACGGCCUGGACAAGGCUCUGCAGCAGCAGCUGCGCAAGCGCAAGAUCCGCUUCGAGCGAUCGGAGCAGAUCCUGCGCCAGCUAAGCCAGGGCCCCCCGCCUGCUGCUGCUGUCCCCGAGGUCACGGCAGCUGAAGGGGCUUCAGGGCAGAACAACUGUGAGGCCCCGGAGGCCCCUGCAGGCCUGGGUGCCGGCACCCCUCCCCGCAACCCUGUGCGAACCUGUGGACCCCUGACGGAUGAGGACAUAGUCAGGCUGCGGCCCUGUGAGAAGAAGCGGCUGGACAUCGGUGGCAAACUGUAUCUGGCCCCCCUCACCACGUGUGGGAACCUGCCCUUCCGGCGGAUCUGUAAGCGCUUCGGGGCGGACGUGACAUGCGGGGAGAUGGCUGUCUGCACUAACCUCCUGCAGGGGCAGACGUCCGAGUGGGCACUGCUCAAACGCCACCAGUGUGAGGACAUCUUCGGCGUCCAGCUGGAGGGCGCCUUCCCCGACACCAUGACCAAGUGUGCCGAGCUGCUGAACCGCACCAUCGACGUGGACUUUGUGGACAUCAACGUCGGCUGCCCCAUCGACCUCGUGUACAAGAAGGGCGGGGGCUGUGCCCUCAUGCAUCGCUCUGCCAAGUUCCAGCAGAUCGUCCGCGGCAUGAACCAGGUGCUGGACGUGCCACUGACUGUGAAGAUCCGCACGGGCGUCCAGGAGCGCGUGAACCUGGCACACCGCCUGCUGCCCGAUCUGUGGGACUGGGGCGCGGCCCUCGUCACGCUCCACGGCCGCUCCCGCGAGCAGCGCUACACCAAGCUGGCCGACUGGCAGUACAUCGAGCAGUGCGUGAAGGCAGCCGGCCCCAUGCCCCUGUUCGGAAACGGGGACAUCUUGUCAUAUGAGGACGCCAACCGCGCCAUGCAGACUGGCGUCGCUGGGAUCAUGAUUGCCCGCGGCGCCCUGCUGAAGCCGUGGCUGUUCACGGAAAUCAAAGAGCAGCGACACUGGGACAUCUCGUCAUCUGAGCGCCUGGACAUCCUGCGUGACUUCACGAACUACGGCCUGGAGCACUGGGGUUCGGACACGCAGGGCGUGGAGAGGACCCGGCGCUUCCUGCUUGAGUGGCUGUCGUUCCUGUGCAGGUACGUGCCCGUGGGCCUGCUGGAGCAGCUCCCGCAGAGGAUCAAUGUGAGGCCACCCUACUACCUGGGCCGCGACCACCUGGAGACGCUCAUGGCCAGUCAGAAGUCUGCAGACUGGAUCCGCAUCAGCGAGAUGCUCCUGGGACCGGUGCCCCCCAACUUCGUCUUCUUGCCGAAGCACAAGGCCAACGCGUACAAGUAGCCGCGGGCGCCAGGCUCCUCGACCCUUUACCACCCCCCAAACCCAGAGAAAGAGGUGUUUCCAGCCCCCCCUGCAGGUACGGCCUCCCCCACCCUUGGGGAGGAGCUGGGAGUGGGUUACUGUCUGGGGGACCCUUCUGCCUCUGCCCUGUCCCUAGAUGGGACCCCAAGGGCAAGGCCUGUGUCCCGCAGUCCAGUCAGGCCCCCGGAACCGUAUCUGUGUCUGUCUUGCCCCAAAUGGGCCCCUAAGGCAAG